GUUGCCGGCGCUUUAACCGCAUAGUAAGCGCAAUAGCGUGAAGUUGGCCACUGGCAAAACUGAUAUCCAUUUAUUUGCUGCUUGCUUCUAAAGCGUUCUAAAGCGUCCGCGUGUUCUCGUCUCGUGAUUUGUGUAAGGAUCACCCCAAACAAAAUCGUUCGGUUUGAUAAAAAUAGAAGAUUUAAAUAAGUGCUACGUGCAGUGUUGUGUCCAUAUAUAACUAUAUAUAAUAUCAAACCCAUUCAAUUGUUGGCGAUCGUAUAAAAGUUGGCAAAAUGUCGGUCAGACUGAACGAGACACAUACCAUUGUUGACAAGAUGGUCAACUUUUUCGUGGAACAUGAGGAUUUGCGCACAAAGAGCUGGUUCCUUUCGAAUGCACCCGGACCGCUGUUCAUGAUACUGGGCGCAUAUCUGUACUUUUGCCUGUAUGCCGGACCGCGUUACAUGCGCGAUCGUAAACCGUUCGAGCUAAAGAACACACUGCUCAUCUAUAAUGCGGUGCAAGUGCUGCUCAGCUGGGUGCUGUUCUACGAGGGCUACAAGGGCGGCUGGGGCGGUCACUACAACUUCAAAUGCCAGCCGGUGACUUAUGCAACGGAUCCAAUCUCGAUGAGGAUGGCAGGCGCUGUUUGGCUAUACUAUAUUGCCAAGAUCACUGAGCUGCUGGAUACCGUGUUCUUUGUGCUGCGCAAGAAGGAUCGCCAGAUUUCAUUCCUGCAUCUGUACCAUCACACUCUGAUGCCCGUGUGUGCAUUCGUUGGAGUCAAGUACUUUGCCGGCGGUCAUGGCACACUUUUGGGUUUCAUCAACUCGUUCAUCCAUAUCAUUAUGUAUGCGUAUUAUCUGCUGUCGGCAAUGGGUCCCAAGGUACAGAAGUAUCUGUGGUGGAAGAAGUACAUCACCAUACUCCAGAUUGUGCAAUUCCUUAUCAUCUUUGUGCACACGCUGCAGAUUCAGUUCCAGCCCAAUUGCGAUUUCCCCAAAUCGAUUGCGGCGCUGCUGACCUUUAAUGCCGGCCUCUUCACCUAUAUGUUCAGCUCCUUCUAUGUGCACAACUACAGGAAGGAGGCCAAGCAGGCCGCAAAGGCCAAACUGGCGGCACAGGCCAAGUUGGCGGUAAAGCAGGAGUAGAGUCACCUUGACGAUGUUUUAUUUUUUGCCUUAAGAUCGGUUCCCGAAUCGUUAGUUAGGUUUAUAUAUAUAUAUAUGUAUAUAUAUAGCCUGUACACGUCUACUGUGAAGUUACCCUGUCAAAAUGGGAGGGGUACCGCACACCCUUUUAGUUAUACUGGGUGUAUGUAUGUACAUUGGAUAUUACAUUUUGUAGCUGUUAAGUUCUGAAGUAUUUUAAGUCAAACAUGAGAAUGUGGCUCUUUGAACAGACGCCAUUGCGCAGUGCAAGAUGCCUUGCACCAGCCGUAUUGGCAAAGUAAAAUAGAACCAAAUAUUAUAGUUAUUAUAGCUCAUCGAUACGUGUAUGUAGUGUUUAUUUUAUUGAUUGGCGUGCAAUAAAACUCUAAGACAUACAGCAGAUGGCAAAACACCAAAUUGUCAUUGGCAGCAAUUUA